UGUCAAGUGUAUUGAAAGUUCUCUUGACGCGAAAAAUCCACUCCCAACGAGUCCAAAACCAUUACCUACAUCAGACUGUGAUUUAUCGGGUUCCACUCGAAGACCAAUUCAUAAAAAUCCUGUGGAACACAGUCUACGUAAGGGAAGAGUAUGGGACAAAAAGGAUCGCUGCUCUUACUGUGAUAAAGACGUCACUAAUUUUUCAAGACAUCUUUUUAGAAAACAUGCAGAAGAAGAAAGUGUACGAAAAAUCCUUGAACAGCCAAAAGGUGAACGCAAAAGAAAAAUUAUGAUUGAUCUCAUAAGAAAGCAAGGGAAUUUUACAGUACUAGGAGAGAAUAUAACGAGGCCGGUUCAAAGACCGUCUGCAAUACAAAGUAAAAAUGAUGAAAUUCUCCCAACAGAUUACCUUCCAUGCAUUUAUUGUAAAGGAUUAUACAAAAAAAAAUCUCUACGGAGGCACGCCCUUACUUGCUGUUACAAUAAAGAGAUUAAUCAAAAACACAAUUUUGCAAGCGAGGGUCAGACAAUGAUUGCUUUUACUGAAUCUCGUCAAGAAUUUCUAAAAAAAUCAAGAUUGAAAUGCGAAGUGUUUAGCAAAAUGCGUGCUGACAGAAUAUCUUUAAACGGAAAAAGUGACCCAAUAAUCUGUCAAUAUGCAGAAGACUACCUGCGCAAACAUAAAAGACCACAUAUCAAAAAUGCGGUAUCAAACAAAGUGAGGGAAUUGGGAAGACUUCUCAUUCCACUUCAAGAUAUUUAUAAAAUUAAUUCCAUGCUAGAAGUGUUAAAACCUGAACACUUUGAUAAAGUAGUUUCCGCCAGCCGCAUAAUUUCGGGUUACAAUGAAGCAAAGCGAUCCUUUAAAGCGCCUUCUCUUGCUCUUCAUAUGAAAACAAUAUUAUUAGCUGUAUGCUCUUCAGCUAAAACUCUUAUGUUAAAAAAACAUCCUAUUUUGGGGAUUACCGAUUAUGACAUAUAGCACUCAAAAAUGUUAAGGGAUUUCGGGAGUUGGUCGAUGCUAACUGGAAAUUUGAAAUGAGCAGUCUGGCACUAAAGGACCUUAAUGAAAAGCAAUCAAUAAAUCCGCAGAAAUUACCAGUAACCCAGGAUAUUAUUUUAUUCAGAAAUUAUACGCAAGAAAUUGCGGAAACAUGUGUGAAAGAACUAGAAACGAAUUCAGAAAACUUGACGUCAUUCAAAAAACUUACGGAAGCGGCUUUGGCUCUGACAAUAAUUUUAAAUAGGAAGAGAAUCGGAGAUGUACAAUAUACACAAUUAGAAUCUUAUAAUCGAAUAUCAACAAGUACCAACCAAGAGGAGUGCCUUAGUUCCCUAAAUGAAUGUGAAAGAGAAUUAUCGAAGCAUUUUAAACGCAUUACCACAGUGGGAAAAGGAAGUAGGUCAGUUCCGAUACUUUUUUCAAAAAAUGUACAAAAAUACAUAGAAACACUUCUAUCAGUCAGAAGAAAAACUACGUUCGUACCGCAUGAGAAUCCAUUUUUAUUCGCGUUAACAGGAAGCUCAACUAAAUGGGUGGAUGGAUCAGCCGUAUUAAGAAGAUAUGCAGUCAAAUGUGGGGCCAAAAAUCCUGGUACUCUAACCUCUUCUCGCCUUAGAAAACAAAUUGCAACAGUCCUACAGAUUUUAAACCUUAAUGACACUGAAAUGGAGCAAGUGGCCACCUUUAUGGGCCAUACCAAAAAAACCCACGAACAAUUUUAUAGGAUGCCGCAGGACGUUUUUCAAACUGCAAAAAUAGCCAAGUUACUUCUAAUGAUGGAAAGGGGAGUCGGCAGCCAAAAUCAGGGUAAAACUCUUGAUGAAAUCAACGUCGAAUUGGAAUCGUGGAAUGGAAAAUCUCUUGAAGACCCUGGAAGUGAAUCAGAGGACCAUGAUUUGGAGGAAAAAAGCGCACAUGAUGAACCAAAGGAAGAAGAUGAAAGAAUUAGACUAGACAUGCCAACUAUGUCUGUGACUAGUGUUAACGUUACGCAAACCAACAAGCACAAAGCUCAAACUAUGUCUGAUGAUUCUCCACUCAAAAAGAAAAAGAUAUCUAAAGAAAAACCCAAAAAAGAGAAAUGUCGUGGAACAUGGAACGACAAGCAAAAGUCCAUAAUGUUAAAUUAUUUUAAAAAUCAUAUUAAAAACAAAAUUUCGCCGAAAAAAGCGGAAUGCUUAAAAUUACAACAAGACAAUUUAGAUUCAUUUAUGAACAAGACUUGGGUACAAAUUAAAGUUUUUGUUUAUAAUACUUACAAAAAUAAAUAAAAUUGUAAUAUUCCUA